AUUUAGUUAAGUAACUCAACAAAUAUAAGUUCUAGUUAAUUAUAUCAAGUUCAAUUUUUAUAACUCUUCAUUAAACUAAUGAAACAUAACAUUAAUUUAGGGUGCCAUAGUACUACUAAUCAUUUCUUUUAUGAUUCAAAAACCAAAACCAAGAAAAAAAAAAGAAAAAAAAGAGGGUGAUAAUACUGUAGUACUUAUCUGACAAGAAAAUUUAAGGUAGCAAUCUUCCACGUGAGGUCUCUAUCCAAACUCUAAAGCUGUAUCUCAUCAUUGUCUUCUUUCUCUCUCUUCACUCCAUUCUUUCUCUCUCUUCAUUCUCCUUAAAUUAGAAAAAAAAAAAAAUCAAAAAAAAAACCCCCGUAAAAAAAGCCACCUUGUUUUAUCAUCUUAUCUUACACUCUCUUGUUCUUAAUCUAAAAUUUCGGUCUUUUUUUUAAACUUUGAUUGAAUUCUAAAUCUUAAAAUUUUGAAAAGUUGCAAUUUUUACCCUUUUUGUGUGUUUCAAUUCAUAAACCCAGAAAAAUUAACAGUGAAAUUUGGCAAAUUUGAAGGGUAAAAGAGAAGAUAAUGGAAGAUCAAUCUGAGUUAAGAUUGCAAGGAUGGGAAACGGGUUUACCUUUACCUGAAGAUCUAACUCCAUUAUCACAAUCUUUGAUCUCCCCAGAAUUAGCUUUAGCAUUUGGGAUCAACCCAGAAAGUUCGCGUGUUGAAUUUGAUCUUAAUCAGGCAACGCACGAGAACUGUUCGACGAUAUGCCCAAGUGAAGAGAACUUGGAAUCUUUGAGUUUGAGGUUGUUUCCUGGUAGAAAUGAUUUGGAUAUAUCUAAUAAGUUGAAAAGGGGUGAAUGUUUUGUGACUGAUGAGGUGAAUUCUGGGUCUAAAGAUGAAAAUGGUGAUGAUAAUGGGGUAAAUAGGACAGUUAAAAGGCCUAGAUUGGUUUGGACCCCACAACUUCAUAAGAGAUUUGUUGAUGUGAUUGAGCAUUUGGGGAUUGAUAAAGCUGUUCCUAAGACAAUUAUGGAGAUGAUGAAUGUUGAGGGUUUGACAAGAGAAAAUGUUGCUAGUCAUUUGCAGAAGUAUAGGCUUUAUUUGAAGAGAAUGGAAGGGUUGUCUAGUGACAGUCACUCAGGGUCGAGACGGGACUCACCGCUUUUCGAGUGUGAUGGGUUCGGGUCCAUGGCAAUGCAGCAUCCUCAGCCACCACAGCAACCGCCACAGCAGCAGCAGCAUUGCGGUUCAUUGCCAUUGAUGCCAAUGCCAAUGGUGGCGCCGCCUCCUGGAGCGUAUGGGUUUGGACAUUUGGGGUUGCCUGUGGCUACUUCUGCACCUCCUGGAUACUGUGGGCUUGAAUCUGGGGCGUACAGCAUGUUCUGGAAUCGACAACGAGGUUGAUUGUUUUGUUCAACCCUUCUUUUUCUUUCUUUUGAUGAGUUGCAGGAUUAAAUUGUAGUAUUUGGUUUUUAAUCCUUUCAGAUUAUCAUAAACUAUCCAAUAAGUCACUUGGAGUUAAUAUGACCACACAUUAUGUAUUACUGUUCCUUUUUUGAAUUUAAGGAAACUUAUUCGA